GUAUCCCAAACCAGUAUAUUUGCGUAUACAAUAGCAUACUGUUUGCCCCUGCUCGCUCCUCACAAGGGCUUACCAACGUUGUUCAUUUUUAGCAAGAGCAGUGCUGGCGCCCCACAGGUGGGGGCCGUGCCCCCGGUAGCAGAGUAGUUUCGUUUCUAGGGCUGCCCCGCAACCCCUGUGUCGCUAUCGGCUUGGUUUAGGGCGCCAUGGGCUGCGCUCAGUCGACCCCGGCGGACCAAGGCGCCAAGCCUCCCGCAAACACCAACGGGCAUUCGACUGCACGAGCAGCUCCAGCAGCUAGCGCUGAGGCACCCCCGGCGGCGAAUGGAAACGGCGCGACUACGCCAUCGCCACUCUAUGCUGCUCCGCCAUCGAGCGCGCAGACCCAGCAGCAACCGGCACCAGCGCCCGCAGCGCCUCCUGUAGUGCAUCCGCCUGGAUCUCAGGCUGCAGUAAACCAAAGCCUCAAGUCGCUCAGCGCAAACGAGGCAAACGCAGUGCAGGCGACACUGCUGAAGGUCAGCAUGCUCAUCCAAAAAUUUGCGGAGGGGCGGAGCGAGCGCACAACCCCGGUGCAGGCUGUGCGCCGAGCACUCAACUUGGUCACUGCGGACUGCAGGGCGAAAUAUGCCAGCGUGAGCGUGUUGUCGGAAACUCAGGAGCAUGCGCUGCUGGUCACCGCGGUGGGGGUGCCUGACACUGUACAUGAAGGCAAUCGCCUGCUUAAAGUGCCGGGAUCAAAUGCGUCCGUGGAGCGCAUUCUGCAGCGGGGAACUGAUUUCUUCUACUGGCAGCCAUCGGCGAGCGAGGGGCCAGCGCCUUCUGACUGGGCCACGCUGGCGAGCGCAGCAGGGUUGACCUACCUCGCGGCGGUGCCUAUCAAGGUGUCGGAUAAGGUCAUCGGCAUGCUGACGGUGGGCUUUGCGGAUGCUGCAGCAGAUGAGGCAGAUUACAUCAUGUUCCCCACCUACCUGCAGCUGGUUGCGGCCAGCCUGAGCAGCAUGGUGAAGGACAACAGCAUCCCCAAGUACAUGACGCUGGUGAAGGACCUGCACGAAACCCAGGACCUGGACAGCCUCAUGCACAAGGUGGUGCAGCACCUGCGCACCGUGCUGGGUCACUCCAACAAUCACCACAUCUGGUACCGGAUAGGCCUCACGGCGCCCAAUAACACCGCCUCCACCAUUUUCGACGACCUGACCCAGGUGCCGCCGACGCUGAUGCAGCGCACACUGUCGAACCCCACGGGCAGCUCCUCCUUCAAGCUGCUCAAGGAGGUGCAGGCGGCCGGGGGCGUCAUGCGCACGGUGGUGGCCAUGAAGAACACGGUCAUGAAGAUCGCGGUGCACAACCGGCAGCAGGUGAUGAUUCCGGACGUGCAGAAGGUGAUCAACCAGUCGGGCAACGUGUCGGCCGACAUCUUCAACACGCGCCUCAUUAAGCCGCCCACCAGCGUGCUGGUGUUCCCGCUGAAGGUGAAGCAGCACAUCUUCGGCGUCAUCUUCUGCAUGUCGUCGGUGCAGAGCGACUUCUCGGACGUGUCGCCCAAGCUGCGCGAGGUGUGCGAGGUCAUGUCGCCGCACCUGCUGUUCAUGCUCACGCAGCCGCUGGCCAACGACUACAAGACGAUGCAGACGGCCAGCCUGACGCAGACGGCGGGCGGCAGCGUGAUCAGCGAGGGCGGCUCCAUAAGCGGCAUGGUGACGGGCGCGGGCGGCUCCAUCGGCCGCUCCGACAGCCUGGGCGUCAGCCUCAGCGGCGACAGCUUCAUGUACACGCAGUCGCGCUCCAGCACCGGCGCACUGGUGACGGGCCUCACGGAGAAGCUGAACCAGAAGCGCAUCCGCUCCUCCAUGGACUUCCACAACAACACCACCAUGACGGACCUGCAGAUUACGGGGCUGCUGGGCGAGGGCGGCUUCGCCAAGGUGUUCCGCGGCCUGUGGCGCGGCCUGGUGGUGGGCGUCAAGGUGGUGUGCGAUGACGGCAAGAACGAAAAGAUGGUCAUGAAGAACGCGCACGAGAUCGCCAUUCUCAGCGCGCUCAGCCACCCCAACAUUGUGCAGGCCUACAACUGCCUGACGGACGUGCUGGUGCGCGACCUGCUCAACACCACCGUGCACCGCUUCAACAACCCCACCGUGCUGAAUUCGCCCGCCUACAAGUACCUGCUGUCCAUGGAGGACAAGACCUGCCACCUGGAGGUCAUCGAGUACUGCGACCUGGGCAACCUGUCCAACGCGCUCAAAAACAACAUCUUCAUGAUCCCCAACCCCGUCAUCGCGGCGGCGGCGGGCGCGGGCGACGGCGCGGCGGCGGCAGAGCUAGCGGAGCGCGCGCGGCAGCAGCCCAUGAAGGUCAACAUGCGCACCCUGCUGCUCACGCUGAUCGAGAUCGCGUCGGCCUGCGGCUACCUGCACCGAAUGGGGGUGGUGCACUGCGACAUCAAGCCGGCCAACGUGCUGCUGAAGAGCUCCAACAUUGAUUUCCGCGGCUUUACCGCCAAGGUGUCGGACUUCGGCCUCAGUCGCGUGGAGGACGACGACUCCUGCGCGUCGUUUCCGUUCAACAGCUGCGGCACGGCGGCCUACGUGGCGCCCGAGGCGCUCAUCUGCAACAAGAAGGUCAACAGCAGCGUGGACGUGUACGCGUUCGGCAUUCUCAUGUGGGAGAUGUACACGGGCCAGCGGCCGUACGGCAACAUGAAGCAGCAGCAGCUGGUGGAGGAGGUUGUGAUGCGCGGCCUGCGCCCCAAGUUCCCAUCCACCGCGCCGGCGGGCUACGUGGUGCUGGCGCAGAGCGCCUGGAGCGGCUCGCCCCAGGCCCGGCCCUCCUUCGACGAGAUCCUGACGCACCUCAACGCCAUGCUGCAGCAGGUGGACGACCGCGAGAUGGACUCCAUGGUCAACGGCUCGUUCGGCUCAAUGGGCGAGAAGUUCGAGUACAUGCAGCUGCAGCAGCAGCAGGCCGCCGCUGCGGCGCAGGCGCAGCAGGGCGGCGUGCCGGCGGGCAUGGACCGCCGCCCGUCGCAGAUCUCGCGGCGCGGGCAGCCGCAGAUGCCGUCCCCCAUGGGCCCGGGCGCCAGCCCGCGCAACGGUGUGGCGCCGGGCCAGGGCGGCUCCCAGGUGGGUCAGGGCCCCGUGCCCAUGGUGGCGCCGCAGCAGCAGGUGCAGCCAGGCAUGCAGGCCGCAGGGCGGCCGGCGCAGGCGGCGGCGCCGGCAGCGCCGGCACAGGGCAGCGCCCAUAUGUACUCCUCGGCGUAACUACGCAUGCCCUGGGCACGGCCUCGCGCCGGCGCUGGGAUUGCCCGGGGCAAACGGCGCGCCAGCGGUCUAGGACCUUUGCCUGUUGCGCCAUUGCGUGUGGCGUCCGCCAUAUAUUUUGCACGGAAUGUGCUCGAGUCGUAGGACGUCCGCAUUGGGGUGGCAAACAUAACAUCAAGGGCCUCACCGCUGCGACUGCGGGUGUGCACCGAGCUCUGAGCCUCUUUGAGCACCGCAGCGCAUGUAGUGGCCCGUGCUAGCUGCUUGCGACAGCUGGCAGGUGGGGAAGCUCCAGUUUGUGGUCACUUCAUAGGAGUGUCAAGGGGUGUCUGCACACAUUUAUUCGCGGGUUGCAGGACAAAGGACAGGGGGUAUGUGGGUGCGUGUGUCCUUAGUUGUGCAUAGAAGUGGGUUUGCACGCGCGAGGUUGCAUGGGAAGAUGAACGUGUGUCAGGGGCCUGUGAGGUGCUGACGAGCGGACUACGUCAGAGCGGUGGUAUCCCAGUUACUGUGACAGCACUCGUGAUAUGCCAUGCGCGAAAGAACAUAUGCGGACAAUACAACGCAAGUCAAUGGUGAGAGGAUCGGCAGGAGAUACGGGCAGCACACAGGUCUGCGGUACAUGCGGCCAGAGGAGUACAGGCGCCCGGUCGACAUGGUGGUUAUGUAUGGAUGGCGCUAUCUCACUUGAGGAUCCCCUGCGUAAUGAACGGGGUUACCAGGUCCUCGCCGUGUCCUUGGGCUAUGAAGAGGUUGGGGUACGGUCGGGCGCACGAUGGCUGAGCGCAGCGCGGAGAGGUCUUCGGGAUAGUUCGGGACAGGGAAAUGCGUGCGAGUGUGAACCAUACAUCGCUGGUAGCUGACGCUGGCUCUGGCGAUGAGUUUAAGCUUAUAUGUUGUGGCUGCAGGUUCAGAAGUGUUUGCAGCAGCAGAUGGUGGGUAGGCCCCUGCGGGCAUGAUUGCCAUUGGGCGUGUCGUCCUGAUAUGCAUGCGCAAUGUGGGGCGCUGCAUGACACAAGGCACAAUUUCUUCAUACUUUGUGAGCCCGCGAGGAUGAAUGCAAGCGUCAUGUGGUCCUCAGGUCUGAAAGUCCCGAGUUGUGACACACGCUGACAGAAGCCGCCCUCCCAUCCUUUGGCUGCUAAACGCAC